UCUCUAUAUCUAUAAUAUAACAAUCCACCUAUCCUUCUAAUUUCUAAAUUCUUUGAGAUAUUCCUCUGAUCAAUUUAGGGUUUUUGCCAAAUUUGAUUACCGAGUCGACUCAGCAACCAUAAUGGGUUCCGAUUUAAUCGCCAAUGCUUCAAUCCCCAUGCUUUCCUCUAACCCCAAAGAUUUCGCCAAGAAAAAAAGGGCGAAUCGGUCGGCUAAGUUGAAGCAGUGCAAGCUUGAUGCUCGACGGGAACAGUGGCUUUCACAAGUGAAGAAUAAAGGCUCCAAUGAGGAAUUGAAUGGUGGGGGAGGGGCUCCUGUCCAGAGGAUGCACUUUGCUAAUGAGAGGAGACGAUUGAUGGAGAAGUUAGUGAUAAAGCCCAGAGGAGAAGAAGAAGAAGAAGAAGAGAAUGGAGGUUGCACAAACAACUAUAGUGAUUUUGACUCAUCUUCUAAUAGCCCUACCAGCGACACUAGUAGCUUGUUGGAAGGGAAUGAUUCCGGGACGAAUUUCACAGGUGGCAGCAGCAGGAGCAGUAGCAGCAGUAGUAGCAGUGGUGGGUGUUGUUCAGGGAGUAUGAGUGAGGAAGAUAAUGAAGGGGACGAUGGCUGCUUGGAUGAUUGGGAAGCUGUUGCUGAUGCUUUAGCUGCCACCGAUGAGAAGCAGGAGCAGCUUAGCUCUAGCUUGGAUUCAGCUCCAGAGAGGGAUGAGAAUGUGGUGCAUGUGAGUUCUCCAGAAGAUCCUGAUCGGCCUGAAUCGGGGCUGGAUAUAUCAAAGCAGAAGUCCAGGGAACCUAGAUCUCCUGUCAGCUUUCGAGCAUGGAGGCCUGAUGAUGCCUUCCGUCCACAAAGUCUUCCGAAUUUAUCGAAACAGUAUACUUUCCCUAUGAAUUUGGGGCGGCAUUACCGGGGAGGCUCUGUAUGGGGAUGUAAAAGUUUAUCGAUACCCACAUCAUGUCCUAUAUGCUGUGAGGAUUUGGAUUUUACAGACACAAGCUUUCUCCCUUGUCCUUGUGGGUUUAGGCUUUGUCUCUUUUGUCACAAGAGGAUUCUUGAGGAGGAUGGGCGGUGUCCAGGUUGCAGGAAGCAGUAUAAACAUGACCCACUUGAGGUAGAGACAACCGAAGAUGCAGGAAGUCUGACAUUUCGACCGUCUCGUUCUUGUAGCAUGAUAUCAAGGUCGUAGGAUUUUCUGUGAAUGUGUAUGUGGCGUCCUCUUUCUCCGUGUGGCUUGACUUUGUUAGACUCAGUUUUUUCUUAGCAUUAGAUGUUUAUAUAAGACCGAGAUUCUGAAAGCAUGGUGGAACUGUUAUGGUUCUCUUAUAAUUUUGCUCAAUGUAAUAUGGUGCUUGUGCUGAUGUAGAAUACUUGUUUUGUGAAUAAAUAAGCUGGAUAAAAGUUAGGUAGAUUGAAUUUGAUGAUAUAAAGGUCCUUGUCUCGUUGAGCA